UCGAGGACGCGUCUGACGGGCCUCCAGGCCUCUGACUACCAAACCUCCGGGCUCUGUACCAGCUGCGUUCGCUUCCGACACCAUGUCGGUGCGGACGCUACCGCUGCUCUUCUUGAACCUGGGUGGGGAGAUGCUUUACAUCCUGGAUCAGCGGCUGCGAGCCCAGAACAUCCCGGGAGACAAGGCCCGGAAAGUUCUGAAUGACAUCAUCUCAACCAUGUUCAAUCGAAAGUUUAUGGAGGAAUUGUUCAAACCCCAAGAGCUCUACUCCAAAAAGGCCCUGAGGACAGUCUACGACCGCCUGGCUCACGCCUCCAUCAUGAGACUAAACCAGGCCAGCAUGGAUAAGCUCUAUGACCUGAUGACAAUGGCUUUCAAAUAUCAAGUAUUGCUGUGUCCUCGUCCCAAGGAUGUGUUGCUGGUCACUUUCAAUCAUUUAGAUGCCAUCAAGGGAUUCAUCCAAGACUCCCCAACCAUCCUGCAUCAAGUGGAUGAGACUUUCCAGCAGCUGACUGAAAUAUAUGGGGGUCUCUCUGCGGGGGAGUUCCAGCUGAUCCGGCAGACGCUCCUUAUCUUCUUCCAGGACCUGCACAUCAGGGUGUCCAUAUUUCUAAAGGACAAAGUUCAGAAUUCCAACGGUCGCUUUGUGUUGCCAGUGUCUGGGCCUCUUCCCUGGGGAACCAAAGUUCCCGGACUCGUCAGGACGUUCAACAACAAAGGCGAAGAAGUGAGGAAGGUAGAAUUCAAGCACGGCGGGAGCUAUGUCGCUGCCCCCAAAGAAGGAUCUUUUGAACUCUAUGGAGACCGAGUCCUGAAACUGGGAACUAAUAUGUACAGUGUGAACCGGCCCAUGGAAACCCAUAUGUCUGGAGCAUCAGAGAACUUAGCUGCACAGACACAGGAAAGCAUUGCUCCAAACCCUCUUGCUAAAGAAGAGCUGAAUCUCUUGGCCAGGCUGAUAGGAGGCAUGGAGAUUAAGAAACCUAGUGGCCCUGAGCCAGGAUUCCGGUUGAAUCUCUUCACCACUGAUGAAGAGGAAGAACAGGCAGCGCUAACCAGGCCAGAAGAGUUAUUCUAUGAAGUUAUCAACAUCCAAGCUACUCAGGACCAGCAGACGAACGAAGAGCUGGCUCGGAUCAUGGGGGAGUUUGAGAUCUUGGACCAGCCAAGGCGGAGUGCCAGCAAGGGCGAUGAUUUGCUUGCCAUGAUGGAUGAGUUAUAGCUGUGCUGACCAGGCACGACCCUCCCCCUACGGAGAGGCUGCUUGAUGAGGACCCUGGGGGAUGUCCCCAGGGAGCCAAAUGAUGCUGCUAGUUUUCUACUAAGUGAAGCCCUUCCUUACCUCUUGUUCCUGUUUAUGUCCUAACGAACUGUGCGGGUCUCCCUCAGGGAGCACAGUCUCUGGAAGGCACACACACAUUCAUAUUUUCAGCAAAAUAUAUUCUGGCUUUUAAACUGGACCUUUCCCAUGUUCUUGCUAGUUUUAUGGCAAUCAAAGCAUCCGGAGCCACAGGGUCAAGCCUGAGAGUCAGUAAGAGGGCGCUCCUGUUGCCGUUUUCAUUACAGCUUUGCCCGGGGGACCCACUGCUCACAGGUGCCUGUGAAUCAUCACUAAACGUCGGCGCUUUGUCGGACGUAUUCUGCCUUGUGAGUUUGACGUAAGUGGAAAAGGCGGUUGCCUCAAGCAGUCGGGGCCCAGUUUAUACAGCCCUCCUCUCCCUGGCACACUGGGAACUGUCAGCUCAGAGGCAGAGGAAGCAAGGCCGUGACAGGGAAGCCUCAGGCAGGCCCCGCGCAGAGCGUGUGGGUGUCUGUGGUUCUCCGCACAUCUCUCUAUCCAUAUGUAGUGUGGACUUAUCCCAUAUGGAAAUGCGUACCAAGGAAA